AUGGGUGGCGAUCUCUGGGGCAACAAAAGCAACAUCUUCGAACAAGACCCUUCGCCUGCUGUCGACAAGGCAUGGGAAACUAUCACACACGCCAAGUAUACAUUGAUGCCGGAGGCGGAGCUCCUCAAAAUGGAUUUCUCCGUAGAAGCGGCAGUAGAAUGGCCAGACCAACCAGGCAAAUACAUGGUCGAAUUUCAUGCCUAUCACGUCAUGCACUGUCUGGACGUGGUGCGAAAAAACUCAUACCAUAAUUUUCCGCACUACUAUAACCCCGAAACCUUAAACGCCAUCCAUUGGACGCACUGGACUCACUGCCUCGAGAUUCUCCGCCAGGAGCUCAUGUGCAUGCCCUCUAUGCAUCUCGGCCGGAUGGUAUGGCAGCAAGGUCAAUCACAGGCGUUUCCGGAAUUCCGCACAAAUCGAAUGUGUAUGCGAUGGGAAGACUUUGAUGACAUGGUUACAAGCAUCCAGCUGCCUGAAGAGGUAAGUUACAUAAAUGGUGCCUUUUUUUUCUUUUUUUUUCUCUUUUUUUUCGUUUUUUUGCUUACCACGAGGGGAAAUUCCCAUCUUCUUUUUUUAGUACGGAAUAAAAGUCGUGACCAACGCACACAAGCCUGCGGGGGCAAGUGA